AUGAUACCAUUCGAAGAAGGCUACAACAGACGUAACGGUAUCCAAGAACCCGAUUGGAACGUCAUAGAACCUGAUAUGUGGGCCCAACAGGCAAAAUCGGGUUCAGAGCCCAGGAUCCAAAAAUCUACCGAGGAAUCCAUGGGAAGCAAUAAUUCUACGACAUCUACGGCUCCUAUAGAUCCCCCAGGUUCCACAGGUUCCACAGGUUCCACCGGUCCAUCAGAUCCUCCGGCCUACGUGCCACUCCAUGAUCCAAGAAACCAAUUGAGUUCAUUAGUCAAAAAUGCUCAAAACAACGAGGAGGCACUUCAACAAAGAAACCAACGAGUCAAACAGUCAAAGAUGAGAUCAAGAAAAGAAUUUGGGUGGUAA